AUGUCCCAGGCAAGAAUAAACUUCGACCAAGAAUGGAUCGGUCUAAAAGUCCAUAGCAUUGACUCAGGAGGAGAAACCAUAGAAUGGAUCCUGAAUCAGAAAAUCUACGAAAAACAGCGAGACUUUGACCAUCAUGGGAAGGAAGCACGAGCAAUCUUUCGAUCCACUGAUGCAGACGACAAGAAUGGUAGCAUGAGAAUUCGAAUGCUACUUGACGCCAAACAUCUCCAUACCUCCAUUCUUAACACACAUCGAGACAGAAAUCAAGGCGCUCCGCAAACUCACUGA